GCUUUCAAGAUGUCAAGAUGAUUUUCGAAGGUCUGCAUCUGCCAGUCUUUGGUAGUUUCCGGUGGAGAUAUCCAGGUUGAGACGAGGCAUGGACGAUGAAGAUUAUGCAAUGGACUACGCAUGUGCACGCUUAGAAGCAUCUUUGGGGCUUCACAAGGCAAAGAUUGAGACCUUAAGGAAGCUGGAGAAGCGAUUGGAUGCUCGGGUUGCUCGGCUAGGAGAGCUGAGCCUGGCAGCAAAGACGCUGGUUGACUCCAUGAUGAGAAAUCCUUUCCAAGCUGCGGAUGAUUCUCCUCUAGUUUCUCCUUCAGUGUCUUUCAAAGAUUCACAGGAAAAGCAGGAAGAGAAGGAAGAAGAGAAGGAAGAAGAGAAGGUAGAAGAGAGGGAAGAAGAGAAGGAAGAUGGGGAUCGACCAAAGAAUCAAGUUUUAAAACGAUCAGUGUCUUGGGUCAGUGAACCGCCUCAUGAAGAGGUCUUGAUGCCCGGCAAGGAUUCACCUGAUGCACAUCGGAUACCACCGCACGGCCAUUGGGUUCCCAGCGAUGUCCUUGAAAGACGAUCUUCCUUUCAAGGUGAGUCAGCAAAGAAACUGGGUGGGCGACAGGUUGAGUUGCGAGCUGGUGAAUCAACCGUCCCUUGCAUUUUAGUGGAACCCAUGGGUAAACUCAUCAACAAUGAGUUCGUGUCGACGGGCAUGGCGGUGGUUUUUGAAGAGACACAUGCCAAGAGCACUGAAGAGUGGGCACAAGUCUUGAAGCGAACCAAGCUCUUGGAUGCAGGUGUUUCAGUAGCCAUUCCACUUUUAAAGGAAGCAAAGAAGGCAAACAAUGCUGAAGAGACUGAAACACUGUUCAAUGAAGCGUCCUUGAAAGACUUGCAUGAUUUGGUCGGCGCCAUUAUGGCGAUGUGUAGCAGUGAUCUAUGCAUUUUGUGUGGCAAGGGUCCAGGGGCGCAGAAAGCAAUGGAAGUGGCACCCAUGAUUCCUGGUACCGCCGCAAGCAUCCUUUUCGCUCCAUCAUCACCCCCACCAACCUGCAGCUUUAUGGGUCCUGUGAUGCUAGUUUGGGCACAGGAUGACACGGAGUCUCCCUUCGAGAAUGCUGGUUUUUGGGCUGAAGCUCUUGCCAAUCGGGAGGAAUCCACUGCCGUGGCCGUCUUGCGAGAUCCAGCAGUUGGGGGCCAUGACUUGUCUCGGAUGCUUCGAAAGGAUGACGCCUGCGCUGCAGAUGUCCUCUCCUUCGUGGCAGCAGCCCUUUUGAUCACCGAGCUCAGAAGGUUUGAUCAUUUUCGAGAUCAACGCCAACCUGGCGAUGGCCAAGCGAACUUGGACGCUUUGCAAAGUCGUUUGUUGAAACUCUUUGAGGAAUUGCCCUUGCAUCUCACAUGUCAAUUUGUUCGACAGCGAGUCGAAAGCAAUCCUGCUGCUUUGGAAGGAAAGCACGCAGAUGACUUAGCCAUGGCUUUGGUGUCGCAUUUCUUUGAGAAGCCAGAUGCGGCUCCUGAGAUCGCAGGAGCUUUGAGUGAUUGGAUCAAUGGUGACAUGCCUUCGGUGGCCUCAGCCUCUGAGUAGAGGCCUCAGCCUCGAGCCAUCCUUGCUAAUGAAUCUCGCUGCGGAUCGUGGGAAUCGUGAACGUUUCACCCCAAGUUAAGUCCGCUUCGUGGUGCUUCUUCCGCGGAAGGAUUUGGGAAGCGCCCGUGGCUUGUGUGACAAAGCCUUCACUGAGCCCUAAGACAAUCCGUUGCGCUAUAGAAGGCGCUCUUGCAGAGCUUUGU